AUGGACUUUUUCAAUAAGUUGGCUGUUUGGCUGAGGCUGAAGCGCAGGGACGUGAAUGUCCUUUGUUUGGGGCUGGACAAUAGCGGGAAGAGUACGAUCAUCAACUGCCUGAAGCCUACUAGUGCACAAGCCAAGGACCUAUUUCCAACAAUUGGAUUCAGUGUGGAGAAAUUCACUACAUCUAGGUUGUCCUUCACUGUGUUUGAUAUGUCUGGCCAGGGAAGAUACCGAAACCUGUGGGAAAAAUACUAUGAGGGUGCCGAUGCCAUUAUUUUUGUCAUUGAUUCUGCAGACAAAUUAAGAAUUAUUGUGGCUCGACAAGAAUUAGAUGCCCUUCUCAUUCAUCCAGAUAUUAUGCAGAGACAAAUCCCUAUUCUCUUUUUCGCAAAUAAAAUGGACCUGAGCGACGCUUUGCCAUCAGUUGUGGUGUCCCAGAUAUUGGGGCUUAAUAACAUCAAAGACAAACCUUGGCAUAUAUGUGCCUGCAGUGCUCUGAAUGGGGAAGGACUACAGGAUGGAGUGGAGUGGCUACAAGUUGGUCAAGCGAUGCAGCAAUCUAGUAACCAGGAUUGA